UCCAAAACUACUCAGGUGUCUGAAAUAGAAAGAAGUUGUCAAAGUUUAGUCAUCUUGUAUAAAAGUGUUGCUUAACGAAUAAACAGUUCAUUUUUAACUAACAAGUGUUGAAAAUGAAGUCGUUACUGUUGGCAGGUCUUCUUCUAGUCUGUUUGGUUGUUGUUACUGGAAAAAAGGGGAAGGAUAUCCAGGAUUUAAAAAACAAAUCAGUUAAGAAAAUUCAUUCCAACACACAUGAUCGUCCAGGUCACUCAAGAAAUGGCAGAUACCACAAACGACUGAGGGGAUCUCACCUCAUGUUACGCGAGGGAGGUUUGAAAUCGCUUCAUAAUGACGCCUGGAAGGACCUUCCUAAGAAGAAUAAAGAUUGCAAAACGAAGAAAUGCGGCCACAAAGAAUUCUGUCUGGUCAAUCCUCAAAAUGGGGACGAAAAGUGUAUCAGCAGAAAACAGUUUAAGAAGGGGCGUCGCUUGUUUACCCAGUACCAUAAGGAGAAGGAGUUCCUUCGUCAGGACAGGAAGCAUGUGACUGUGUCCCCCGUAACCAAGGGCGACCAGUUACUAAAAGAGGCAGAACAUAUGAAAGAUGUAUACGAUCUUGUUCACGAUACUAAGAUGGAAAGUCAUCAUAAACAUCAUAAACAUCUCAAGAACAAGUCUGAAAGAAAGCCGGAACUCAAUCAUAUUGAAGAAGGCAAAACCAACUCAGAAGAAUGUCGCCCGUCAGAGAUGUACGAACUUCGUGAGCGUCUGGUUGGCUGGUUUGUUAUGCUGCACACCGAGUCUCGCCAGCGUCACCACAUGAAGAACAAAGACCUGGAGAAGAAAAACCCUCAUCUCAGUAUCAGUACUCAUGGGGACGUUUUUGGGGCAAUAGACAAGAAGAGGGCUAAUGGAAUGUUAGGAAAAGAUGUGAAGAAACAUUUCCUGGAAAUGGAGACGAAGAGCAAGAAAGUGAAGAGGUCCACACACAAUGCAAUGCAGAUUGAAACUGAAACCCACCACCAUUGUAAGUGCUCAAAGUCUGCUAUGUGGGAGUUCCACAAGCUGGAUGAGGAAUCUGACCACCAUCUGACCCACCCAGAGCUUGCCAGGAUGGAGUCACUCAAGCGUGAACCGUGCCUCAAGGCUCUCUUUAUGUCAUGUGACACAGACAAGGAUGGCUUAAUGUCACAGGGAGAAUGGUGCUGCUGCAUGGCAAACACAAUUCCCCCCUGUGCAGAGAAGAAAAGGCUUACUGAUCCAGCUGUAUGGGAUGUUCGCUGUGACAAGGAGGGUUUCUUCGAGCGUGAACAGUGCCACGAGAAGACAGGCUACUGCUGGUGUGUCGACCUCAACGGAAAUGAGAUACAUGGCACAAAACAACACGGCUCUGCUCACUGUGGCAAGUACGAUCCUAAUGGACACCUAUUCAAAGCCUAGAUGGGAACUAAAAACAAAGGAGCCCAGCAUAUAUGUUACCAUCUUGACGCAGUUGUGAUUCAACAACUACAACUCACCUUGACCUUUUUGUGUCCAUAUAAUCAUGAAAAAAACAACACAAAAUGAAAAAAAGAUGUCAAAAAUCAAGUUUUUAAAUCAUAAAUCAGUGAAGAGUAAUUUGCUUUUUUGUGAGAAUUUACAAUUUAUAAAGACCAACGAUAUUGUAUUUUUCCCAUUUUUAGUCUAGGAUUCUUUUUUGUCUAUAAAAGAACUUGCAUUAAAAUAAAACAAAUUAAAAUAUAAAUUUAAGUCAAAAAAUGUUUCUUAUAAUUAAGAGUGAAUUAAAUUCUUGUGUUUUUUAUAAAUUAUAAUUAUGUCUUUGAGAAAUUUAAAAAAAUAAAAUAUUUUAAGAACAAGCAAUUUUAGCGAAAAUUAUUUUGUAUUCAUUGUUUUCUAGUUGUUUCAAUUUACACAAUGUAUAAUUUGCCAUGUAAACAGUGCCUUUUCUUAUUCCUAUUAACUCUCACCGCACAUAUUUUAAGUGCCAUUAAUAAAAAAAAUACUAAUAAUAAUUCACCCUCAUAUCUAUAGGUCAUGAUCUUUAAUAUAAACAGCUUUGUGAAGUUUGUUAGAAUCUCAUGUUAAAAUUGAAUAGAUUUUAUGUUUUAUAUUAUUUAGUACUGUUUUCUUAAACUUUUAUAAUCACACAAGUUUACAAUGUGAUUUAAAUUUUCUUUAUAAUAUUUUCUAGGUUUAUCAUCUUAUUUCAAAAACCUGUGGAUUUUUUAACCAUGUACAUGAUUGAGGAAUUAAUCAAAUCAUUUUUGAGAAAAAAAGUUUAUUUCAUAUUUGAAUUACUUGACAUUAACUCCUUUCUUUUCUAGUGUGAACAUUUAAAUAAAUCUCACGUGUGUUACCGAGCCAUAUAAAUAUUAUAUGUGUAAUGUUGAAAUUGUAUUUUUUAUCAUUGAAGAAGCAAGCAAGUUCUUAUAUAAUUAUUAUGUUUAUCACUCUCAAAACUUAAUACAAGUGCUAUAUAUUGUGUAUUGUUUUGCAAAAUAAUUGAAAUCAGACAUCAAAAAGUAAGUUCUUUAAUAUUAUGUUUAUCACUUUAGAAAAUAAGUGCUAUAAAAAUUGUGUAAUAUUUUGCAUUAUAAUUGAAAUCAGAUAUAUAUCACUUUUAACAUAUCAAAUCAUGUUUCAAUUGAACCUAGAUUUUAAAUUUAUGCCUUGGCGUAUAAUACAUCAAAUAUAUACACAUUGCAGCUAACAAACUCUUACAUUCCAUCAUUGUUUUCCCAUUCCAGUAUCCUUUUAAAUGACAGUAAAUCAAACUUGCUUGUAAUAUAUUAUUCCCACCGAGUUAACAAUAUUUUAGAAUAAAAAGAAGCCAUAUCAUUGGUGUACAUUGUUAUAAUUAUAAUAGAUGCCAAACUAUUUGAAUAAAGGAUUUUUCAAGUUUAAA